AUGAAUGAUUUUGAUAAACGUCUAGCUAGUUUGAAGAGUGUUUUGACAUGUGAAAUUUGCAAAAAGCUAUGCAAAGAUGUCACAAUUAUUGAAGAAUGUUGUCACAGAUUUUGCAAGAAAUGCAUAACAAGGAGGAUAUCAAAAGAGAAAUGGAAUGUUUGUCCAGAAUGCAAUAUGGAUUUAGGUGUUACCCCCUUGCAGAAAAUCAGGUCUGAUCACCAAAUGCAAGGGAUAAGAGACAUAUUCUCAAGCAAAAGAAGAGAAUUAAUUGAGCUUGGACUAAUAGAAAAAUACAAAAAAGAUGAACCCAAAAAGUUAGCUCGUGAAGAUAUUGAUCUUAAUUAUAGUGCCGAAAUGCUCAUUGAUCCAUCGCCUCCUCCUCCUGAACCUGUUGUUGUUGCUACAAGCUCAAGGAGAAAGGAGAAAUCAAUUUCUUCCCUAGUAAAUACUACACCACUUGUUGUUGAUGAUCAAGUUUCGAAUCAGGACAACGUUUCGAGUAGUAGUACCGGAAGGGGAAGGGGAAGAGGAAGAGGAAGAAGAAGAGGAAGUUCACAAAAUAAUGCUAAUGUUGUUGAUCUGAAUAAUGGAGAUGCGCAUCCAGGAAGUUUAACCAUUCCUCUUCAUUCUAACAAUGAUACUCAUUAUAAACAACAGGUUGAGAGUAUUGGUUAUGUUGUUGAGUCCUCAAAAAAUAAUGGCAUCUCAAAGAAAAACAAAAGUAUUGAACCAUUGGAUGGGAUGAAUGACUUAUGGGAACCAUUGAACAAUUUGGUAACAAAAGGUGACACCUUAGACAAUUCCAAAGAGUCAGUUCCAAAGUUCAUCAGUAGUACUCCACUAAUCAAUCUUGAUGAUUAUGAAAAUGAGGACGACAAUGAUGAUAACGUAGAAGAGGAGGAGUAUGUGCCUUCACCAAAAGUUAAGGAAAACAAAGUUAGCAAACAAAGUGUUGUUCAAGCUAUUGAAGCACCAUCAAGUAAUCAUAAUAAUAAUAUUGAUAAAGGGAAAAAGGGACGACGUGGAAGAAAGAAAAAAGAAAUAAAUAAUCCUCCUCCUCCUCCUCCUGUUGGUGGCGGUGUUGUUGGUGGUGGAAAAAAUAUUAAUGUGGCACAAGUUGGAGUUACUACUGAGACAACAGGAGGUACAAGCAGUGGUAGUACAAGAGUAUUGAAUGAAAGAGUCCAUCCCAUGUGGUUCACUUUGGUUGCGUGUGAUAAGCAGAAAGGUCCUUCACCCUUGCCACAAAUUUCUUCCCGCUACAUAAAGAUCAAGGAUGUGAACAAGUCGUCUUCCUACAUAAAGAAGUACCUUGCACACAAAUUGAGUCUCCAGAGCGAAGACGAGGUGGAGAUUCACAUGCUAGGAAUGCCAAUUCAGCCUUCUUUGCCUCUCAAACAUCUAGCAAAAUUGUGGUUAGAUGUAGCACCUAAAUCUGGAAAAAAUUUAGCAAAAGUUGGAGCUUCUGCCCAAGAAUUUGUCAUGGUUUUGAACUAUUCUCGACCACACCCAUAA